AAAUGACUGAGGAACGCCGAAGCAGUAGGAGCGCAACGAUCGCAAAGUAUCUUGGGAAGGAACGCGUUGAUGGCAGAAUAUUUUAUUUCAUUGAGUAUUUAUUAACAAUAAACGUUAAAAGUUUAUUGCAAUGUGCAAACGAUCAAAUUUAGAUUGAAGGCGAUAAUCGUGGACGUUGAAAAUUUGAGUUCGUACUAAAAGCGAUCAAAGCUCAACGCGCCCAUCAAAGGCCCAAUUAAAGCCUCCCUGUCCCUGCGCCUAAAGCCCUCAAGUGGCUCAAGAGCUGGGCACUGGGCUGGGCUGCGCUACGCCAGACCGGUGAGUUCCCACACAAAAUAUCGCUUGGUAGCACGGCGGGCACUCAAAGCCAACUAACCAUGUCUGUACAAAGUGUUGCUCUGGCAUCUCUCACGGCCACCUAUACCGACUCGGAGGGCGAGGACGGGGUGGAAGACGAGCGCCUGCAGGAGGAGAAUUCGAACACUCCCCAGGGGGCCGCCCCGCAUAAUGCCCAAGUCGGUCGUCAGCCCCAGGUCCGAUCUGGCACCAGUCCCAUAUCUGGAGGCCGUUCAGCCUCGCACAGUCCCGUCGUCGGCAAGUCCGCCGGUAUUAGCGACUUGCCGGGCGCGGCUACGAAGGUGCAACGAUUGGUCUCUUAUUUUGACGACACGAUAGUCUCCGAUGACGAGGGGGCGGCCGUUGCUGCGCCGCCACUGGCGCCGUCAUCGUCGUCGCUGACGACGACGAGUGCGGUGACCGCCGCGACGAUUGCGGAACGCCCCGAGGAGAACGGUUUUUCGGUAGCGGUUGCCACUGGCGCCGCUACCACCGUUGCCACUGCCGCUGUUGUCGUUGGCGGCGCUGAGCGCCGGUCGCCUUCCUCGCGUCCUGGAGAAUUGCUUUCAGAUAAUAGCGGGGAGGCGGUGGACCCUUACGGUGUGACGAUACCACCGGAACCGCAGGGCCAAUGUCCCGCUGACCUACAAGACAAGAUUACGAGGCUAUAUCGCAAGAUGGAGAACGAUGGCCUGGACAUGAAUGUGCUAAUUCAGCAACGCAAGGAAUUCCGGAAUCCCUCCAUUUACGAAAAACUCAUUCAGUUUUGUAGCAUUAACGAGCUGGGCACCAACUAUCCGCCGGACAGGUUCGAUCCGUUCAAAUGGGGCAAGGAUUCGUAUUACGAGGAGCUCGCCAAGGUGCAGAAAGCGGAGAUGGACAAGCUCGAGAAGGCGCGUAAGGAGAAGACCAAGAUCGAGAUCGUCUCCGGCACCGCGAAGCGGCCCAACAGUAGCGCCGGUGCCGACGAGAUGGACAACAAGAAACGGAAAAGUAAGUGGGACCAAGUUGCGACUGGCGGUGCUGCCGCCGCUGCCGCCGUCGCGGCCGCCGCCGCUGCUGCCGCGACGGCCAAACCCACGGUCCUUCUCGCACAACCCACCUUGACGACCCUUACGUCGUCCGCCGGCGCCAAACCUACUGUUAUAUCGGCCUUCGGCUCGCUGCCGAAGAAAAGAUUGUAACAUAUCAUGUAUAUGUGCGCUAUGUAAAUAGUUAUAAUUAAGAAUCGUCAUUCUUUUCGUUAGACUACGAGACUGCAGAAAGGCGGAAGCGGUCUUGUAGCCUUCUCGAGACUUAGGUUCUUGGAUGAUUGUUGAAAUUCUUUUCGAGAAAUUUUUAUUACAGUUAAGUAUCGAAAAUUUAACAAUAUACCAGUUCAAAAAUAUGUGAACAGAUUUAUCAUGGUGUUUAUGUCACUGUGAGAUUGUGAAUUUCAUAAGCUCAUGAAUGUAAUAAUCUAAAAAUUCAAGGAAUUUAGAUUUAUGAAAAUCUAAAACGUGUGACUGUAUGUAACUAAAUAUAAAUUUGUAAAAUCCAGAAAUUUAAAUAUUGCGACAAUUGUAAAUAGAUAUCGGUAUUGUAAUGUGUACCGAAUGAUUAAAUUUUUGCAGCAAAAAGAUUAGUGAUCUCAGAAUUUUUGAAUGAUAGUCGAAUAAAAUAAAAUGUAAAGACUUAGAUAUUCAAAAAUAUAAAUAACCAUAAUUUUUAUAAUUCAGGUUCCAAGGACAUUUUAAGGAUUCAGGAAUCUAAAAAUUUAUUGAAUUACAGAUUCAAGGAUACAGAUAUUUCUGUUUUUUUUUUUUAAUUUAAAAAUUUCGGAAUUUAGAGAAAAUGAACAUGAGAGAUCUAGAAAUAUAGAAAUUGAUAAAAUAACUAAAUAAAUUACUAAAGUUAGUAACUUGUAAAAAGUUAAUGCACAGGAUAGAUAAUUUACAUAAAAUGUGUUUGUUUAAUGAAAAAAAAAUUUCACUCGAAUAAUAGAAAUGAAUCUAUUGUUAUCUUAUUUUUGUGACUUUUUGUUUUUAAUUACAAGAUCUGAUGAUACUGUAAACUUAUGCAUUGCCACAGCAGCGCAAUAAAAUGAUAAGUUCCAAAGAAACAAUGAUUUCAGAAAUAACAGUAUUAUUAAGUUUUAAAUUUGUUUUCGAUUGGAAUCUUUCUCUUAUCCCAUUGCAUUUGAACAUUUUCCGCAUCUACAAUACGACUGAUACUUCUUUUACCGUGUAUGUGUUAUUUAUAAUGCGUAAACUAAACUUUUUUCAAUGAAAAUAUACAUAUUAGUUAAGAGAAAAGAAUGUGAGGAAAAAAUUGCAUUUUUCCUGAAGAACAAAUUGCUUAACUUUGAAUAGAAUUGCAUCAACCAACUGUGUUUUCCUUUCUCUUUUCUAUAAAUAAUUGAAAGUUUUAUCGUAUUAUGUAUUGCAAGAGACAUAGCAAAAAUUCUGUUGUUUAAUUAUGAAACGUCAAGAUAAUAAAAGAAUUUGCCUCUUCCAAUAUUACUUAACUGACGAUAAAACAGAAACUGAAGAAAAACGAAAUUUUGUGAUUUCUUAAGCUAAUAUGUAUAUUUGCAUUAUUAUAUCAGGUUUGCGAAAUUACAUGAAUAUGAAACGGCAAUUGUGCGUGCAGCGUUGCAUGUAAUUAAUUCAUCGGGCAGGAUCAUAUCCAUGUAAACAUGUAAUGCUAAUCAGUUAAUAUUUUUUGGCACAGAAGAUAAAUAAGAAAUUUCUGUAUGUUAACAAAGUGCAGAUCAAUGUAAAAUACAAACAUGUGCUUGUAAGGCAACAUGCCGCUAGUGAGGUAUUCGUUUUUUACGUGAAAGGAAAUGAAAUUCUUUCAAAGGACUUUGUAUAUACACUCUCAUGUGUCAAUGGAGCAUGGAAUAUACAAUGUGUAAUUUAAAUUGUGUACUUUUUGUUAUUGAUUAAUAGCAUUAGAUUAAUAUUGAAUACAUUAAUUAAUAUG